GACUCCGAUGGCAUUUCCUGUGUUCGCUGUGUAACAGCUGUGUGCAGCGGCAGCUGGAUGCUUUAUUCCUGAACCGCUACGUUGCUGCCUAACUUCACAGCGCCCCCGUAAUAUCUAUCUGCAUCUCUUUCCACAGAAAGCACCGUGUUGUUUGGUUGGGUUUAAACCUUAACUCCGCUUUGGGUCGUGUUUAUACGGCUUAAAUCCUGUCGCCAAGGGCGGGCAGUAGUGCUACAGUACUGGGUGGUCACUUUUUUGGAGGACAUUACGGAUGUAAACCGUCGCCGUUUAGUGAAGACUAGCAUUGUGCUUGCUAGUUUAUUUAUCGUUAACAUUUGACGUAACGUCUCUUUUUACCUGGUCGAAUGACGUCAUAACCGUCCUGAAAAGAAGAAAAAAAACUAGAUAACGAGCUAGUUAUCAAGCUAACGUGUGUCAGAGAGGAUAAAUAAAGUGAAGUGUGCUCUCGACGACGUGAUGUGGGAUGAUGGAGUCUUUCGGAUAUCAUGUUAGCUAGUCCGCUAGCUUGCUAGCUCCGUUUUCGGUUACUAGGGGCGAAGUUACAACAUCGACAUCGACGAUAAAGUGCAGACCGACAGCCUGGCAGACGGGAUGAAGGAGGAGAACCUGUACCGACGGCGUUUCUCUCUGUGUCCCACAGCCACCAUGCCACCCAAAAUAGAUCCACGUGCUCUUGGCCGCAACCUGUCAUACGGAGGGGACAACGACGUGGACCCGAUCAGCCCAGGCAGUGAGUCGGAGAAGAAUGGCUUGACUUUACCGAGAGAUGAGGUCAGCCCAGGCCAGUCUCCUAGCAGUGCUUCAGAAUCAAAGAUGUUCAUAGGUUUGGAGAAGGAGAGCUCCUCACCCACUGAAAAGCUGGCCAGGAAGGAAUCUCUAAAGGUUCAAAAAAAGAAUUAUCGACAGGAAAAGAAGAGGGCAGCCAAAGAACUAUUCAGUGCUCUAAAGGACCCCAGCGUGGUCAUAAUUUCUAACUGGUUAAAGAUCCGGGGGACACUGAAGAGCUGGACGAAGCUGUGGUGUGCUCUGAAGCCUGGGGUUCUCCUGAUCUAUAAAACCCCAAGUUCUGAGCACUGGGUGGGAACGAUCAUACUAAAUGCCUGCAAACUGAUUGAGCGGCCAUCAAAGAAAGAUGGCUUCUGCUUCAAACUUUACCACCCGCUUGAGAAGUCCAUCUGGGCCAUGAAGGGCCCUAAAGGAGAGACAGUUGGCUCCAUCACACAGCCUCUUCCUAGCAGUUACCUGAUUUUUAGAGCAGCAUCUGAGUCUGAUGGCCGUUGCUGGAUGGAUGCGUUGGAGUUGGCACUCAGUUGUUCCAGCCUGUAUAAGUUGACUGCUAAGAGCUGUAAGGACGGGGACCUGAGCAGCUCCUCUGAGUCCUCCCAUAUUCUCCAGCUCCUGCAGUCCACUGCCCUGAGUGACCAGGAACUGCUACAGCUGAAUGACUCAAUGCUUGAAAACAGCCAGAUAGAGAAUGAAUCCGAGAGAGAGGCCCAUGAAGACUCGGAUAAUGCAGCCAAUGACAAUGGUGGGACUGAGGAGAGCGAUAUGGACCAAUCAGAUGACCCUUUGCCCUGCCUCCAAGCAACAGAGUAUGUUGAACAAGGCCAUGAGGAGAUGGGAGAGGCUGGUGAAGCAUCUCAGGUGGAGACAGUGUCAGACGAGAAUAAAGGGUUAAUCUGGAUGUUGCUGAAGCAGCUGAGGCCUGGCAUGGACCUGUCCAAAGUAGUCUUGCCUACCUUCAUCCUGGAGGCACGCUCUUUCCUGGACAAACUGUCUGACUAUUACUAUCACGCCAACCUGCUGUCCCAGGCAGUCACAGAGGAAAGCCCAUACUGUAGGAUGAAGCAGGUCCUGCGCUGGUACUUGUCAGGCUUUUACAAAAAACCUAAGGGUCUGAAAAAACCAUACAACCCCAUUCUCGGGGAAACAUUCCGUUGCUGUUGGCUGCACCCGCAGACUGACAGUUGUACCUUUUACAUAGCUGAGCAGGUAUCUCAUCACCCUCCUAUCUCUGCUUUCUAUGUGAGCAAUCAGAAGGAUGGCUUUAUCAUCAGUGGUAGCAUCCUGGCCAAGUCCAAAUUCUAUGGGAACUCUCUGUCAGCAAUACUGGAUGGGAAGGCCAGACUAUUGUUUCUAAACCGUGAUGAGGAAUAUGUCAUAACAAUGCCAUAUGCUCACUGUAAAGGCAUUCUGUAUGGUACAAUGACUCUGGAGCUCGGAGGAAAGAUCACUAUUGAGUGUGAAAAAACAAAGUAUUCUUCUGAACUUGAAUUCAAAUUAAAGCCUUUCCUCGGCAGCUCAUAUAACGUUAACCAGGUUUCUGGAAAGAUCCGUCUGGGAGAGGAUGUGUGGGCCACAGUGGAAGGGCACUGGGAUGGUGAGGUGCUUCUCUGUGAGAAGAAGACUGGCCACCAAGAGGUGUUGUGGAACCCCACACCUGAUGUACGCAGUCAGCGACUGAAGAGGCAGGUGGUGCAGUUUGAUCAGCAGGGAGCCUUUGAAUCGGAGCGGUUAUGGCAGCACGUGACCAGUGCCAUUAAUGCCAAGGACCAGAACAAAGCUACACAGGAGAAGUUUAUUCUUGAGGAAGCACAGAGGCAGGAGGCACGGCAAAGAGGAGACCGGCCCUGGAACCCACACCUUUUCACACUGAACCCCAUCACCAACGAGUGGAACUACAAAUACAUGGACCCUAAGCCAUGGGAUCCUGACUGCUGCCUGGUUCAGUUUGAGAAAGACGGCAUCGUUCAGACCAAAGAAAAGCCCCGGCGUCAGCACAACGGCUUCACCUACAGCCAGAACUGGAGCAGCCAGCAGAAGGCCCAGGUUCAUGGAAAGCACAGGAAGUCAAGUAGCCAGCCAUCCAGCUGUAGUCAGAACACAGAAAGCAGCAGCAGCACUCCAGAGCCAACACAUGAAUCCUCUGAUAAUGAAGGUUUUGGCAGCCAGUGUGCCAGAUGUAAUAAGGAAAUGAAGGACCUUGCACAAAUAGAGACUUCUAUAGCAUCUAUACAGAAAUCACAGCAGGACAUUCAGAGAAAUCUGAGUGUGUUGAGUCGUGAGUUGAUGCGACGGACAGAGCAGAGUCUGCAUCUGAGCUUUCGGCAUUGCCUUUUUCUUUUUGUCCUGAUGCUCUUUCAACUCCUCAUCAACUACGUCUUCAGCUGAGGGACCAUCAUCUAGUUGUUCUGAGACCAUCACAUUACAACAGUUGCCUAGCAAUAAACACAGUAAUAAACUCCCAACACUACACAAUCCUGAGGGUCCCACUGACUAUCUCCAGGCACUCAGCACUUCAGACAUGCAGAGCGCAAGACUCUUUUUAACCAAUGAAAGAUGGAGGGGAAAAGUGUACUAUUGCUUAUGGACGUGUAACUUCUGUCAUAACGGUUUUCAAUUUUGUUGUUUGUUGGACACAUCUAGGCUCCAUGGGCAGCUUUGGCGUGUGAGAGCAAUGAUAUGAAUGAUUUCUUGUGAGAUGCAGAUGUGUGAAUGAGUUUGUUUCCCACUCCAUUAAGAUGGGCCUUAAUACUGAAGCCAAAUAGAAAAGUCAAAACAGAAGAAUAGUCUGUGAAAGAACAUCCAUCAGUGCAAUUCUGCAUGCAUUUGUGUUAAUGUCUGAACAAUAUGACUCUGCUUAAAAUAAUCAUUUUACCAAAACAGUAUUCCUCAUUUGUUAAAUUGUGUUUACAUGUUUGUUUCUGUACCUUACGCUUAGAAAAUGCACUGUUGCCAAACGAUAAAUUGUAGGGACAAGGAAAUGAAUAAAUGCUUCACAUCCUAAUGAAACUUAGAUAAACAAUCAGCCAUAGUCCAGAAUACAGAUCCAUGAGGCUGAUGUAGCAUUUGGGUUGGUACUGGUAUGUUGUUGGCUUAGAUUGGCCUUUUCAAUGAAUUUCAAUGAAGCCUUUUAUAAGGAAUACGAUGAGGGUAGGUAUGUAGUGUGUGUGUAUAUAUUUGUUUGGAACACAAUGCCAUUUUAAAUGAAAUCAAGAAUGUAUUUAUUAGAUUCUUCCUUUUUUUUGUAAUCAUGCUAUUUUAAAAAAUUAUGCAUCACUCAUUCAGGUUUUCUGGGAGCAAUAUGGUCAUUGUUCUUCCGCAAAAAGAAGUGGAACGGUGAGACAGGGAUUUAUAGAUGGCUAGCUGUUCUCUCGUCUGCCUGUAGUGUAAAUACACCAGAUAAACUGUAGAGCACUGUUGUGAUUUGACUUUGCGCACACAAAUUUUUCAUUGUAGCUAAUGCAAGUUUAGCACGCUUGUUCAAAAAACACACGCCUCAAGUCAUCAUAAGGCUCUGUAAAUGCAGGAGUGGAGAGACAAAUGGCUAUCUUUUUCUUUUUUUUUUUUUUACAUCUUAUGGCAGUCUGUAAAACUGUUCUAAUUGGAGAAAAAUACCAAUAGCUCACUGAAUGUCAUUACUUAUUACAUAUUGCAGCACUACAGUAAACUUUUCAACUUUGA